GCACCCAAAGCCCAUUGCUAAUUUUGCUCACCCGAGCCCGCCAACCCGGGUCCCCCUUCUGCCUUCUUCAUCGAAUCUUCUUUGCUGCCCAUUACUGAGCCAACCAAAGAGACCAUAACCCAAUUGAUCUCCCUCGUUUUUGUUAACUGUCGGAGGUUUUUUCACCGACUAGGGUUGAAUUUCAAUCUCUGGUUAGAGCAUUUGCAGAGAAGUGGCCGGAUUGCAAUCGCGGUUGAGGUUGAAAGGACAAGUCUUGGGUCUUGUUGAACACUUUGGUUAUGGCAUCUAGGCGCAAUGUUCAUUACAGCCCUCUUGCUACUGAUGAAAAUGAUGAUGUCUAUGGAAAACCAAAUGACCCUCGGUUUUCCUAUACUCCGAAGUCCUUUGAUAAAAUCCCAUGGAAAUCCAUACUCCUUGCUCUAUUCCUGCUUUUUCUUGGAUCAUUGCUUCUGUUUCUUUCAUACUUUAUUUUCACUGGUCACAUGGGAGGGGAUCUGUCCCAAGCCUAUGGCCUUUUGGCUCUAGGAAUUCUCACCUUCCUCCCAGGCUUUUAUGAGACACGAAUUGCAUAUUAUGCAUGGAGAGGUGUGAAAGGAUACCGUUUCGCCUCCAUUCCAGACUAUUAGGGCGUUUUUGUCUUCAAACUUUACUAAUAAUGUGUAUGGUGACAUCUUCAUGUAAAAUCCACAUUGUAUAGAACACAUGAACGAUCCAUAUGUAACUUGUUUGCUAUUUAUUUGUUAUUUAAUGACUUGUUUGGGUUUGAAGCA